AUGGAGAUCCCAGAAAAGCUUCUCAAGUUCAAGUUCCACUUCCUCUUUGCACUCAUUUUGUGCCUUACCCUUUACGCCAUAACCCUCAUAGCACCCAGAUUUCUGACCAUUUUGGCUUACUUUUGGCCUCUUUUCCUCUCCACCGCUCUCUUUCUCUUCGCUGUUGUUGUCUUCGGGAAGACCACGUUACCGGUUACCGAGCCUUCCGGUGAAGGCCUCCUGGAUUAUGUCGCCGGGCAACCGGAACAUGUCGUAGAAAGUUACAAGUCCGCGGAGCAGAGCCAGAGUUGA